GUUUUGCAGCCAAAAUUGUGAGGCACUAUGUGCGAUGACGAUGAAACCACUGCCCUUGUGUGCGACAAUGGCUCUGGGCUUUGCAAAGCUGGGUUUGCGGGAGAUGAUGCCCCACGAGCUGUGUUUCCAUCCAUCGUUGGACGGCCUCGCCAUCAGGGUGUUAUGGUUGGAAUGGGUCAAAAAGACAGCUAUGUAGGGGAUGAAGCACAAAGCAAAAGAGGCAUCCUGACCCUGAAGUACCCCAUUGAGCAUGGAAUCAUCACUAACUGGGAUGACAUGGAAAAGAUUUGGCAUCAUUCUUUCUAUAACGAACUCCGGGUUGCACCGGAGGAACACCCCGUCCUGCUGACUGAGGCUCCCUUGAAUCCCAAGGCCAACCGUGAAAAAAUGACUCAGAUUAUGUUCGAGACGUUCAAUGUGCCAGCCAUGUACGUAGCCAUCCAGGCGGUGCUGUCUCUGUAUGCGUCUGGAAGAACGACGGGAAUAGUUUUGGAUUCUGGGGAUGGCGUCACACACAACGUGCCCAUCUACGAGGGCUACGCCUUGCCUCACGCCAUCAUGAGACUCGAUCUGGCGGGCAGAGACCUGACGGACUAUCUCAUGAAAAUUCUGACAGAGAGGGGCUACUCAUUUGUCACCACCGCGGAGCGGGAGAUUGUGAGAGACAUCAAGGAGAAGCUUUGUUACGUGGCUUUGGAUUUUGAAAAUGAAAUGGCAGCUGCUGCUUCCUCCUCCUCUCUUGAGAAGAGCUAUGAGCUUCCUGAUGGACAAGUCAUCACCAUUGGGAAUGAGCGGUUCCGAUGCCCGGAAACUCUCUUCCAGCCAUCCUUCAUAGGGAUGGAAUCUGCAGGUAUCCACGAAACCACUUACAACAGUAUAAUGAAAUGCGAUAUCGACAUCCGUAAGGAUCUCUAUGCCAACAACGUCCUCUCUGGGGGAACCACCAUGUACCCUGGGAUUGGCGAUCGCAUGCAGAAAGAGAUUACGGCUUUGGCUCCAAGCACUAUGAAGAUCAAGAUGAUUGCACCACCAGAACGUAAAUACUCUGUCUGGAUUGGCGGUUCCAUACUGGCGUCUCUGUCCACUUUUCAGCAAAUGUGGAUCAGUAAAGAUGAAUACGAGGAAGCCGGCCCCUCUAUUGUCCAUCGCAAGUGCUUUUGAAUCCUUCCAUCGUGUAUCGUCAGUGAUAAGUAAUGCUGCUGCUUCUCGACACAUCACCUGCCCUCGUUCACCUCCGAGGGUGGUUUGGCUUUCUUCCACAUG